AUGGACGCACAGACCUGGCGCGCGGGCUGUUGCUGUCUGCUCCUUCUGGCUCUUGCUGGGGCUACUCGGAGCGAGGGCGUGCAGAGCUGCGAAGAAGUUCGGAAACUUUUCCAGUGGCGCCUGGUGGGAGCUGUCAAGGGGCUGCCGGAUUCGCCGCGGGCAGGACCCGAUCUUCAGGUUUGCAUAUCCAAAAAACCUACAUGUUGCACCAGGAAGAUGGAGGAGAGGUACCAGAUUGCAGCUCGCCACGAUAUGCAGCAAGUGCUUCAAACGUCCAGCUCGACGCUGAAGUUUCUAAUAUCGCGAAAUGCUGCGGCGUUUCAAGAAGCCCUUGAAACUCUCAUCAGACAAGCAGAGAAUUACACCAGCAUUCUGUUCUGCAACACCUACAGGAACAUGGCCCUAGAGGCUGCAGCCUCAGUUCAGGAGUUGUUCACUCAUGUGGGGCUCUAUUUAUUUGGUGCGGAUAUUAAUCCUGAAGAGUUCAUAAACAGAUUCUUUGACAGUCUUUUCCCUCUCGUUUACAAUCACCUCAUUAAUCCUGGCAUGACAGACAGUUCCCUGGAAUACUCAGAAUGCAUCCGGACGGCCCGCCGGGAUGUUAGUCCAUUUGGUAAUAUUCCCAAAAGAGUAAUGGGGCAGAUGGGGCGAUCACUGCUGCCUAGCCGCACAUUUCUGCAGGCGCUGAAUCUGGGCAUCGAAGUCAUCAACACCACAGACCAUCUGCACGUCUCCAAAGAGUGCAGCAGAGCCCUCCUGAGGAUGCAGUACUGCCCUCUCUGCCAGGGCCUGACUCUCAGUAAGCCUUGCAUGGGGUACUGCCUCAACGUCGUGAGAGGCUGCCUGGCACACACGGUGGAGCUGAAUCCGCACUGGCAUGCCUACAUCCGGUCCUUGGAGGAACUAUCGGACGCCAUGCACGGAACAUACGACAUUGAACAUGUGCUCCUGAACUUCCACGUGCUUGUUAACGACGCUGUGAUGCAGGCUCACCUCAAUGGACAGAAGUUAUCGGAACAGGUCAAUAAGAUUUGUGGCCGUCUAAUCAGAACACCUACACAAAGCCCCCGUUGUUCUUUUGAUGGAAGCAAAGAGAAGCAUGGGAUGAAGAUCUCUCCCAGAAACGAUGAAGAGACACUUGCCAACAGAAGAAAAGAAUUUAUCAACAGUCUUCGACUGUACAGGACGUUCUAUGGAGGCCUGGCUGAUGAGCUUUGUGUUAAUGAAUUAGCCGCUGCUGAUGGGCUGCCGUGCUGGAAUGGGGAAGAUAUAGUAAAAAGCUAUACUCAGCGUGUGGUUGGAAAUGGAAUCAAAGCCCAAUCUGGAAAUCCCGAAGUCAAAGUCAGAGGAACUGAUCCUGUGAUAAAUCAAAUUAUUGAUAAACUGAAGCAUGUUAUUCAGUUGUUACAGGGUAGGUCACCCAAACCCGACAAGUGGGAGCUCCAGAUGGGCAGUGGUGGUGGCAUGGUUGAACAGGUCAGCGGGGACUGUGAUGAUGAAGAUGGUUGUGGUGGAUCAGGAAGUGGAGAAGUCAAGAGGACACUAAAAAUCACAGACUGUAAGUGUAUGAUUCCAACACCACUUCUAAAGAAUGAAUUUUGA